GCCUAUAAGUGCUUGCUUCGCUCAUGUUGGCUUCCACAUCCUGUCGGCACCUCCUUCAACGCCGUCCUCCUGCCUCUCGAGUAGUUACUCGUCAUGCCAAUGCCUUACGAGGGAAUCAACGCAGGACUUUUGUGUCUUCUGCAUUGCAGACCUUGUCCGAAGGCUUCCUAGACUUGGCAAUUGCGAUACCCUAUCCACAGUCGCUCCCGCCCUAUUCUGGAACUAUCAUUCUGGUUACUGUGGUUUCUCGUUUACUAUUCACAGUACCAUUCUCAAUAUGGGCAAAGAAACGUCAAUGGCGAGCCGAGGAUGUUGUUAUUCCUCAACUUCAAGAGGAAAAGCCGCGACUUUACAAGCAGGUCAUGGACAAUAUGCAUAAGGACCGCUUCCGAGGGAAUGAAGAUGAGGCACGGAUGGAGUUUGAGAAGAGACUGAGGCCCACACUAACAGGCAGACAAAAAGAGCUCUUCGCUCAGCAUCACUGCUCUCCAAAACCGACUAUGCUCAUACCCAUGGUUUCGCAGUUACCCCUCUUCGUCGGGACAUCUAUGCUUCUCUCAAGAAUGUCUCAAUACCCAACUGUCUUUGACUCGGAAUCAUUCCUGACCCUCACUUCUCUGUCUCAUUCCGAUCCGACGCUCACUCUGCCAAUAGUCUUGGGCUUAAUCACAUUGGCUAAUGUGGAGUCGUCGCGAUGGUUUAUUAGUACUGAAGCACUGGAACGAGAGCGUAAGGUCGCCAAAUGGACCGCCGAGAGGCGUGCCAAAGGACAUACGGUCGUUGAACCGAAGAAAAUAUUGCAAUCUUCGAUGAGGUUAUUAUCCGUUGCGCGUAUUCUCAUCGCUGCUAUGGUUCCCGGUAGCAUUCAACUUUACUGGAUCACUUCCGCUACUUUUGGUUUGCUCCAAACCUGGGUGUUGGAUUACUGGGAUUCCAGACGCCCGCGAGUCGUUCGUGCCGCAGAAUUGAAAAUGGAGAAUCGCACUCCGACGUCGCCGGUCAAGUUUAACGCGCCGAAGAGACAGGGUCCACGAGUCUAAGAAUGGAAUUAAUACUAGUGAGUGUGCGUCUGACCUGUCCGUUUCGCUCGGAUGAAAAUAAAACGUGGUUGGAGGGAACCUUGUUCAAUGCAUCAUGCAGUACAAUGGAUGCCCAGUGACCUUUCCUUGAUCUAAUAUGACGAGCAUUCAAGUAGUCAUGAUUAGUUGCACGAGCUAACUAUCUAUUGCAGGCUGCUCCCGCCAAGCUUGAAAUAUUCAAAUAUAUGUGAAUAACAUAAUAUUACGGAUCAUUUUCUCUGUCUGUCCGUCUGCCUGUCUCGACUGUCCACAUAGCGUCCGAUUCCCAAAUGCCAUGCGAUGCGUGGUACUAGGAGAGAUAUUCCUGUGGAUAUGGUUACCCACAAAGUUCCCGAAUUCCUCCAUGCCCUAAUAUUCCAUCUGUCGUCUCCCAACGCCCACAAUGUGACUGAAAGAUGAAGGAUGUCUCCGAUCAAAAGCGGUGUGAGUAAGGCUGAAACGACCUUUUCUUGGAUAGCUGGUUGUCCAAAUAGGUAUCUGCGAGCCGUCCAAAGCACAAAGCAGUUGAUGAGGCCGAGGAGCCCGACCACGCUGGCCAACUGCAUGGUAGUGAUAAGAGUCGGUAACGGUAGAGUGUUUGCAGUCGACUGUUCCGUCUGCCAUGGUGCUUGUUGGUCGUGGGCCUAUAGUGUUGUCAGUCCCUCCAGUAGUGGAUAUGUAAUGGAGAGAAACUGGCCUCCUUUGGG